UUUAUUCUUUGUCCAUGUUAAUCAUUUAAUUUUCGGGAAUUUAGUGCGUUUUUCAGUAGAACAUUCAGAAAAUUUAAGCAAUGAAUGACAAAGUUUCUGAUAGUAAUGGUACAAAUUUUAAGCAUUGUGAUAGAAGAAGUUUAUCUUCCUACAUUGUAGCAUUAAGACCAUGGUCUUUUUCAGCAAGUAUGACACCUGUACUUGUUGGAUGUGCCAUAUGCUACAAGAAAACUGGAAAUUUUGAUUUUCUGGUUUAUCUUUUGACUUCAGUAGCAGUCUUGGCCGUACAUGCUGCAGGAAACCUGGUGAAUACAUAUUAUGACUACAUAAAAGGUAUAGAUAGUAAAAUAUCUGAUGACAGAACACUUGUUGAUCGUGUACUAACUCCACAUGAAGUAGUUCAACUUGGUGUCGUCUCUUAUAUCAUUGGUUGUUUUGGUUUGUGUGGCUUGAUCUAUCUGUCUCCGGCUUCCUUGGUUCAAAUGUCUUUGCUUUUUUUUGGUGGUCUGUCGGCAUCCUUCUUAUAUACCGGAGGCUUUGCAUUGAAAUAUUAUGCGCUUGGUGAUCUUGUUAUUGUAAUUACAUUUGGACCAUUGGCUGUGUUAUUCUCCUAUGUUGCUCAAUGUGGUAGCUUUUCAUUGGUACCAUUGCUGUAUGCCUUGCCAUUAGUUUUGAAUACAGAAGCAAUACUACACAGCAACAAUACUCGUGAUAUUACACAAGAUAAGCUAAAUGGCAUUAUAACUCUGGCCAUAUUACUUGGUCAAAAAGGCUCAUAUAUUUUAUUUAUGUUUUUAAUGUUCACACCUUACAUAAUAUUUACUGUUCUAGCUGUUAACUACAAGCUUGCUUUCUUGUUGCCAUUGGUUACAAUACGUGUAGCAUUUGCCUUAGAUAGAUUGUUUCGAAGGCAAAUCCUGGAUUCACUACCAAAGAAAGUGGCAGAAUUGAACCUUUACAUGGGAUUAUUUUAUUUGAUCAGUAUACUAAUUGGUGUUGAUUAGAUGAAAAUUCAAAAUUUUCAGGUUGUAAAAAACAUAUGUAUUCAUUGCGAUUGUGAUUAAAUCAUACUAUGAACAAUCUGAAAA